AUGGGUUCUUCCGGGAACGCCGCCCAGAAGAGCGAGGAGGAGUGGCGGGCCGUCCUUAGCCCGGAGCAGUUCCGGAUCCUUCGCCAGAAGGGGACUGAGUACGAUCCUCCUCCUCCCCUUUUGCGGCCUUCUCAUCUUUUUCUUCAGAUUGGGUCUUCGCCCUGCUAUAUUUGGCAAAAUUCCUUCGGUCAACGCCGGAUGGGUCUGUUUUCCUGUCUUCUGGGAGAAGGAUCUCCACGGUCGUUUCUGAUGCUUCUUCUCUUCUCUGCCUGUCUGGCUUCUGAGGAAGUCCGUCCCUCCCCACCGUGAAUCCCCUCUUCCCCAGUUUUUACAGGCUGAUCCUUGCGUUUGCUAUGCAAAACCCAAAAUUCUGAGUUAAUUUAUGUACCAAUUGCGAAUUCUUACCCGAACCUUGAAUCUUUCCGCAAUACCCGUUGACUUUUUGAGAUCUAAGCCUUUCUUUAUUGGGUUGCUUCCAUUGAUCUUGAUCGGAUUUUCUGUCGGUGAUAAGUGUAUCAACCAACUAUCUUUAGCUGAAAGAACCGAGCCAUCCAACACAAACCCAAUACCUAAUGAAUAGAUUUAGACUAUAUCUAUCUCUCAAUCAAUAAAAUUCAUUCAUCUCAUUCUAUACGACCAUUCUAACGCUUCAUCUUGCCCUCGGCUUAUUCUCCUGUGAAGGUACCGUGGCACUGGAGAAUACAACAAGUUCUUCGGCGAUGGCGUGUACAGCUGCGCGGGCUGUGAAACCCCCCUUUACAAGUCAACCACCAAGUUCGACUCCGGCUGUGGCUGGCCAGCUUUCUACGAGGGCUUCCCGGGGGCCAUAACUCGCACGGUUCGUCCCUUCCUCCUUUCUAUUUCUGGAAAGUUGACCGAAUCAAGUACUAACGAAGUAUCAAGCAGAGAGGUUUUGAUGGGUUCUCAUGAUUCUUCAGCGAGAUCUCCUACCCACUUAGAGGCAAUUCAAGAACUAGAAGCCUACCCUUUAGCUCUAGAACACAUGGGAAUUCCACCACUCUAUUCAAUUGUGAUUUUUCUUGUUGCGAUGUGUCGUUGACUAACCGAAAAUGUCUUUGUGUACAGGCCGAUCCUGAUGGGAGGAGGACCGAGAUCACUUGUUCUGCUUGUGGAGGGCACUUGGGCCAUGUCUUCAAAGGCGAAGGGUUCUCAACGCCCACUGAUGAGCGCCACUGUGUCAACAGUGUGUCGAUCAAGUUCGCCCCUGGCUCAUAA